GGAAAUGCGACAGAGCGCAUAUCGUCUGAGACAAGGCUGGUGCCAGGCUAGUGCAAGGCUGGUACCAGGGUGCACGCAUGGCCCGUGCCCACACGUUGUUACUUCGCUUUGUUUGUAGACUAACUUUCAACAACCAAAACACUAUUAUGGCGCCUCAGGACUAUAAACCAGACUGCCUGCCUCACUUAGAAUUCCAGUUCGAUCCUGAGAGGCCCCUCCGAACGCAAUUACUUGUGGCCACUACUGUUGGACGGAGGGAGUGGUCGUAUACGGUGCUUGACAGGCAUCUUUCCUCACAACACGGCAAAGCUGCGGGAUGGUGGUGUGGAACCGAAGCCCCGCAAAGCCCGGACACAGUACCGAUUGAUAAACCUGUCACCAUGUACGAGGCAAACAAGCUGGCCACAGCCAAGCCGGGCGCAAAGCCGGGACACAGCGGCUACUGGAAGCGGUCUUCCAAGGCGUACAUGCAAUUGGGCGGCUGGGCCGCCAUCCAUUCCACCCCUCAGCUCUCGGCCUACGCGGAUUCCUUUUAUCAGCCUUCCAUGACCACGCUGGUCGCUGCGCUCGACGCUCUGGAGCUGCAGGGACCAGCUGGACCAGCCACAGGGUCGGCAGUACCAUCAGCAGCAGCAUCGUCAGCGGCAGCUGCUGCCGCCCCCACCCCGCUGGCCGCACACCUGCCCGGGCCCUCCAGCUCGGCACUCACUGUCCCUUGGGUGGACCUGUCAUAUGCGGCCGUACGGCAGCAGCGGGAGCGCAUGGACCUCCAGUCUGUUCGUCGCCGGGCCGGUGGGGGCUUUGGGGAUGUGUACGUCAUGUCGCUUGAGGACAUGUCCGCUGGGCAGGGAGAGGUGGUGGUGAAGCUAUACCGGCGUGUCAUAGAGAAGUCAGGGGACGUUGCGGCUGAUCGCAGCGCGUUGGGCAAUGCCAUCCGUUGGGGAUUGCAGUGCGCGCGCCCUGACGUCCUGCCGCUGAGGGGCCUGGUGCGUGAUGUGUCAGGCGAGGCGGUGGGCGUGAUUUAUGAGCACUUUCCAUCCACACUUGAGCGCUGGAUCACAGCAAAAGAUGAAAAGGAGCGGCCAUCAAAAUCGCUUAGCCAGCUGUGCGGCGUGCUGCGUGAUGCGGCUGUCGCCACCGAGUACCUGCACUCGCUAGGCUACAUUCACCGCGACAUUAAACCGGCCAAUAUCCUGGUAAGUUGGCGCUCCUGUUAACGAAGUGCGCAUUCUGGGUUGUAGCUUUGUGGUGAUCAAAUGUGCUUGUGAUCUCAUUGCAGGUCACAACGGAAGGCCGCGGCGUGCUGGGCGACCCGGACCUCAUCACGGCAAGGAAGCAGGAGCGGGGGCAGGCAAGUGGAAGGUUAGGGGUUGCAAGGAUAUCGGCUGGGGGCGGGGGGGGGGGGAUCUGCUAGUGCUGUCCUGUUGACCGACAACCUCACCUCAACAGCCAGCAAUCGAUUAUGGAGCAAGCGUCAACCCCCUGCUAUUUCCCUUCAUUCAAGCAGGCGGGCACACAGGGCUUCCGUCCCCCGGAGGGAGAAGGUGGCGUGACGGGUCCUGAUGCGCGGCACAGCUACGGAUUCGACGUGUACAGCAUGGGGAUGGUGUUGUACGUCUUGAUGGUUGGUAAACUCCCUGCGGAAGAUGCCAAUCUGCGGAAUGGGAUAACAAUGAGCAUGGAUGCUCGGAAGCGUUUCUGGGGCACCCUGGACCAGGCUCCAACUGGAGCGGCGGCAUGCACGGAUGCAAUGGCCAGGCUAGUACAGGUGUGUUGCACAAAAUCACCGGGUGAACGACUAAAGAAUGAAAACGCAAGUGAAAAGACGGUAAUGGCGCGGUUUGUGUUCGAGCUAGACAAUGCACUGGCUAUGCUGCACAAGUGAGUUGGUGCUGUGGCUUUAGCGAGGGCUGCGGAAUCCAAUAGAGGAGUUGCUACUCCAGUGUGGGAACGGGCUUACAAGGCGCUGAUGCACGCAAGGUACUUCGAAUCUUCAAAGGAGUUGCUA